CUUUCCUUCUCUAUCAUUUAUUUGGGUUUCGGGAUCCAAAGAAACGCUAUUACGCGACUCAGGGAUGACAAGCAAGGAAGCUUCAUCGUUAGGAGAAGCAAAGGUUCCAUUGUUGGAAGAUAAAACUUUAGUAGAUAGAGGAGAACAGGAUCAAGAUCUCGCACGAAGAGUUUGGGUUGAAUCAAAGAAGCUAUGGCACAUAGUAGGCCCUGCAAUUUUCAGCCGUAUUGCAUCCUAUUCUAUGUUAGUCAUAACCCAAGCCUUUGCUGGUCACCUUGGUGAUCUCGAACUCGCUGCUAUCUCCAUUGCUAAUAAUGUUGUCGUGGGUUUCGACUUUGGCCUCUUGUUGGGUAUGGCAAGCGCAUUAGAAACGCUAUGUGGGCAAGCUUUUGGGGCGAAGAAGUACUUCAUGUUAGGAGUUUACAUGCAGCGUUCGUGGAUUGUUCUUUUCAUUUGUUGUAUAUUGCUUUUGCCUAUCUACCUAUUUGCUUCACCUGUGUUGAAGCUGUUGGGACAACCUGAGGAAUUGGCAGAGCUAUCUGGAGUUGUAUCCAUGUGGUUGAUACCACUUCACUUCUCUUUUGCGUUUCAGUUUCCUCUGCAGAGGUUCUUGCAAAGCCAGCUCAAAACUGCGGCUAUUGCAUGGGUUUCUCUGCUGGCACUCUUGGCACAUGUGUUUGUUAGUUGGUUGUUCGUGUUCAAGCUUCAGUUUGGAGUGAUUGGUGCUGCUGCCACCAUUAACUUCUCUUGGUGGGUCCUGACGUUAGGCCUUUUUGGUUACACAGUUUGGGGUGGUUGUCCUCACACAUGGACUGGCUUCUCCAUGGAAGCAUUUUCUGGUCUUUGGGAGUUUGUUAAACUCUCUGCUGCUUCUGGGGUCAUGCUAUGCUUGGAGAAUUGGUAUUAUAGAAUUCUGAUAUUGAUGACUGGAAAUCUUCCCAACGCAGAGAUUGCCGUGGAUGCUUUAUCUAUAUGUAUGACCAUAAAUGGUUUGGAAAUGAUGAUUCCGCUGGCAUUCUUCGUUGGAACGGGAGUGAGGGUUGCAAACGAGCUUGGUGCUGGGAACGGAAAAGGAGCCAAGUUUGCUACUAUAGUAGCUGUGGUGACAUCCAUCAUAAUAGGACUCUUCUUCUGGAUGUUGAUUUUGGCAUUUCAUGAUAAAUUCGGGUAUAUAUUCUCUAAUAGCAAAGCCGUCCUUGAUGAAGUAAACAAGCUUUCUCUUCUACUAGCCUUUACAAUUCUGCUCAACAGUGUUCAGCCAGUUCUCUCAGGGGUGGCUGUCGGAUCAGGGUGGCAAUCGUAUGUUGCUUACAUAAAUUUGGGUUGCUACUAUAUUAUUGGGGUACCUCUUGGAUUUGUGAUGGGCUGGGUCUUCAAUCAAGGAGUUAUGGGAAUCUGGGCGGGGAUGAUUUUUGGUGGGACAGCAACUCAGACGUUAAUAUUGAUCUUGAUUACCAUGCGGUGUGACUGGGACAGAGAGGCUGAGAAAGCAAAAUUGCAUUUAAGAAAAUGGGAAAAUCCAAAACAAGAACUGAACUAGUGCUUCUUUAAGACAGAAGAGGGGCAAGUGGAAGAAUGAGUUUGCUCAUAACUUCCUUGAUGGGCUGGUCUCUUCGUAACCCAAGUGAAAGCCCAGUUUCUUUUUAAAUCCACUCAUUAAACAAUAAGCCCAAUAAAUGAACUUCUUGGGUGGAAAACGUGGGCUAUAGUUUUCUUCAUUAUACUUCUCUUGCAUCUACUCUAUUUCCCUCAACAUGGCCCAUUUAUAUCCUCCACUCUCUACUCUCUGUUUAUCUUUCCAUGUUUCUCCCAUCUCUCCACAAGCAAGAAAUGUCAUCAUGUUCCCAUAAGCCAUUCACGAAAUUGUUUGAUUUUGUGGAUAAAAUUACUUUCCAUUUGGCGGUUUCUGAAGACAAAUGUUUAAAGAUCACUGUAUUUAUUUUUUCAAAUUUUUUUAUUAAAAAAAGAGUUCUUUGGAGGCGGGGACGGGGAGUGUUGCCUAAUCCUAAAGUUGAAUGUUCAAGGGAGAAGCCUAACUCAAACUAAGCAGGAGGUGUUACAGAUAUUAAUAUAAACCUAAGGUGAAGACUUAAGAUGGUUGGUUGUUCUCUCGCAAAGUUUUGAAUUUUAUAGGUUUGAGUGAGUUUGCUUUGUAUGUGGGAGGAGAUUCUACCGUCCUACUUGUGACAGCUUGAAGAAUUGUAGAAUUGUGGGAUGAUGAUUAUUAUUUAACUUUCGUUCAGCGCAUCUUUUUUUUUUUUUUUUUUAUGGGAUUAUUAUUCUUAUAUUAUAUGAAAUAAUUUUAUUUUUUACA